AUGUUCUUGAGUUUGAGCAACCUAAGCUCGGUUGGACUGCUUGUGUGCUGGCUCGCACUUAGUUUUUCCCAGAAUAAUGCCGAGGAACAGAGGGUGCUAAGGAGUUGUAGGAGCGAUAACCUAACCUGCCAUGCGAAUCUCAUGAAGUCCUACAUGAACGCGGAAGUAGAGCCCUGUGACAACUUCUACGAGUACGCCUGUGGGAACUACGGCCGCGUCAAACCGAAACUGUACUCCCGAACCGAUUACAUGGCCGACACGGCCUACGCGCUAGAUGACAUCGCGGAAGAACUGCUGGGCAGGAUGGAUGUGGCGGAGACCCUGAAUGUGUCCAGCGAGCUGGCCAUCGCCCAACGGUUCUACAACGCCUGCCUGGGGGCUGAGCUCCACCCGUUUCCCGCCUCCGAUCCGAAUUACCUCGGGCUCAUUCGGUCGAUCGGAGGUUUUCCCGCUGUCGAUGGGGCUGCCUGGAAUGCUUCUAACUUCAACUGGGUGAACAUGAGCGCCCAUCUGUCGAACUACGGGGCAAGAGGUCUGAUCCGUGAGAUCCAAAGACUCGAAUAUCCCAUAAUUGUAUUGCGGCCAGAAGUACUGGGCUUUGACUCCAUAGUUCGGUUGAACCACUUUCGAGGCAACUCCUCUGAAACAUUCAAUCUCAACAAGAAGCGCAUGCGCAGAUACUUAGGAACCUUCAACUUGCCAGAGAAUAAAAUUGAAGAUGUGAUCCAGGGCAUUUUUGCAUUCUGGCAGGACGCCCUGCAAUCGUUUCAGGAAGAGUCCUGGCUAAAAGAAAUCGAUGUUACUAACUACUUCAAGAUUGCUUGGCAGCAGAACGAGAAACGGAAAAAUCGCCAUUACAAACUAGUGGGCUUAGAGCCGGUGUGUGCCCGCCACCCCGAGGCUGUGGCCAAUUACCUGGCCUUGCAGCUGCUGUACAAAUUCGACGCCGAUCUGAAGGACCCCACGUACCAAGAGGAUUAUUGCGCCGCAACGAUGCGAUCCUCUAUGUGGUUCUUGUUCAAGAAACUCUACGCGGCGGAGUACUUUACCGAGGAAAUGGGGUUGGAAAUGUUUGAAAUGGUGCAGGAACUUCGAAUUAGCCUGCGAAAGUUACUCAAGAAAGUGGAGUGGCUAAGCCCGUAUGAGCGACAAGUAAUACUGGCCAAUGCGUCCUCGAACCAGACUCGUAUCGGCUCCAAGGAAACCCUUGCCGAUCCCCUAAUCCAAGAGAUUCUCCGCCUGAACGUAGUCGACGGCAGUUACGCCGCCACCAAUAUCAAUUUGAUGCGCCACAAAAUCGCCACGCACCGGUUCAGCAUACGCAAAUCGAAAUUAAUAACUAGCACCGACAAUGCCCAGGAGGAUGUAUAUUUCUUCAGACCUUCAAUGGAUGAUAAGACCCGCCAUGUGGUUGAAAUCAAUCCCGGAGUCCUCCAACCACCUACCUACCACCACUCUUGGCCGCAUGCCCUGAAAUUCGGCACCUUGGGUUUCAAGAUUGCGAGGGAACUGAUCAGAAACUCCGUCUGGAUCUCAUUCUACGUGGCAAGAACGAUGUAUGACCAUCGUGACGAAUGCAUUGUGGAUAAAUACUUUGAAUAUUUGGAACCGAGAGACUCUCGGCAUUAUACUUUGCUCUUAGAUCAAGGUGGCUUAAAGGAGGCAUUCGAGGCGUACCGUAGCCACAGGAAAAAGCUGAUGGAGGAUCCUACGCAGAGUAUGGCCAACGAUGGAAUGCCAGGACUCGACCUUUCGCCGGAUCAGCUCUUUUUUCUGGGAUUCGCACAGACGAUGUGUUACAAUUACGAGGAUCCAAAGAAGACCGACAUAAACAAAAACUUGCUUCUGAGUGACUUAUCCACCAACGAGGACUUCUCCCAAGCCUUCAACUGUCCUGUGGGAUCUGGAAUGCGGCCCUUGGCAACAACUUGUCACCUGUGGUAA